CACCGUGCGAGCAGGUUAGUGAAAGUUGCAGGUAUUUAGUCUGCUCAUGAAUUUUUAGAAGUAAACAAGAAGCAGGAAAGAGAAUUAUACGAUUUUUUACGAAACGUCAGAAUAUAUAAUUGUCAUAAAAUUAUAGUAAUUUGUGUUAAUCAACGUAAUAAAAUCAUUAAAAUGGAUUACACACCAACGCCCACAGUUGUUCCCGCAGCCCCUUUUGACGCAUCAGCAGACGCACAAGCGUUACGCGCCGCCAUGAAAGGUUGGGGUACGGAUGAGGAGGAAAUCAUCAACAUUCUUACAGCCCGUACAAAUGCACAGAGACAAGUAAUCAAGGAACAAUUCAAGACAGAAUUAGGGCGCGAUUUGGUCGAUGACUUGAAAAGUGAAUUGGGUGGCAAAUUUGAAGAUGUUAUUUUGGCUCUUAUGACACCGCCCGUAGAAUAUUUGUGCAAGCAGCUCCACAAUGCCAUGGCUGGUAUGGGCACCGAUGAAGAGACACUUGUCGAAAUAUUAUGCACCAAAACAAAUGAAGAAAUGCAUGAGAUUGUAGCUGCUUAUGAGGCUAAAUAUGAUCGUCCGCUGGCGGAGCAAAUGUGUAGUGAAACCUCUGGCUAUUUCCGACGUUUGUUGACUCUCAUUGUUACAGGAGUACGCGAUCCUGUGGGCUCAAUCGACCCAACUAAAGCACAAGAAGAUGCCGAAGCUUUAUAUGCAGCUGGCGAAGCCAAACUGGGCACAGAUGAGGCAGUAUUCAAUCGUAUUAUGUCGCACAGCAGUUUUGCACAAUUGCGGCUCAUCUUUGAUGAAUACAAAGAGCUCUCGGGACAGACUAUUGAACAAGCAAUCAAGCAUGAGAUGAGUGGUGCUCUACAUGAUGCAAUGAUGGCCAUCGUUGAAUGCGUUCAGUCACCUGCUGCCUUUUUCGCCAAUCGACUUUAUAAUGCCAUGAAAGGUAUGGGAACAAAUGAUGACACUCUUAUUCGCAUAAUUGUAAGUCGUUCUGAAAUCGAUUUGGCUAAUAUUAAAGAUGAAUUCGAACGUAUUUACAACCGUACGUUGUACAGUGCUGUUGUGUCGGAGACCUCUGGAGACUACAAAAAGGCCUUGACAGCACUUCUUGGUGGAGCUUAAAGUGCUGUAACAGUAUAUUGCGAUGGCUGUCACUGAAAGUGUUUUAAUUAUAUUUCAAACAAAAAAAAUCUCAAGUGCCUUUUUAGCAAAAGAAAAAAAAAUUUUAAUGUGGCAACGAAUUAUUUUUAACAAGCAUCAAUGUAAAAAUUCGUCCAAUUUCGUUUAAAACUAUUUAAUGUUUAAUUAUUGAUUGAAUAAAAG